AUGGAAUCAGAAGAGAUUUUACAUCUAAGUUUUAACCAAGACAGAACUUUGCUGACUUUAGGAUCAAGAACAGGGUUUAAAGUAUUUAAAGUAUAUCCUCUUGAGCUUAUCCACCAAGAAGACAAUGGAAAUUUCAAGAUUGUUGAAAUGUACGAAAGCUCCCUAUUAGUCUCUUUAGUCGGUGCAGGCGAGCAGCCUGCUUUUUCUCCAAGACGGCUCACCAUUUGAAACAUCGCCGAGCACACCCCUAUCUGUGAGACCUCAUUCCCCGACUCUUUAUUAUCUGUAAAAAUGAAUAGAAUUAGAAUAGUGGCUGUCAUCUCAGACGCAAUCUAUAUUUAUGACACUACAACAAUGAAAACACAAAACACAAUCAGGACUGUCGAAAACCCUAAAGGUCUGGCUGCUUUAUCCCCAACCCAUUCAGCUUGCUGAUUACUAUACCCUUCAAGUGUAGAGAAAGGAAAUUUGCAAGUUUAUGACUGCUUUAAUAUGCAGCUAAGAACAGAAAUAGAAGCCCACACGUCAAAAUUGGCAUAUAUUGCUAUUUCUUAUCAAGGAAACCUAUGUGCGACAGCUUCUGAAAAAGGGACUGUCAUUAGGGUGUUUUCGUUGCCUGAAGGGAAUAAGUUAUUUACUUUUAAAAGAGGAUUGAUGGCGGCCAUUACGUAUUCUAUAAACUUUUCUAUGGAUGCUGAAUUGCUAUUGUCCUGCAGCGAUACAGGGACAAUACAUGUGUAUAAUAUUAAUAGAAAUGAAGUGAGGGAAAGCAAUAACUGGGGAGAUGCUAUAAGAAAUUCCUUAUUUUCAGCAGCUAGUUAUAUUGUGCCAGGGUCUUAUAAGGACUCUUUUGAGACAUCAAGGUCAUAUAUAGUGGCCAGAACUAAUUUCAAGAUCCCUUAUAUUGCGACGCUGAUCCCAAAUACAAAUAUGCUAUUAGCAGUGAACUAUUCUGGACACUAUAUAAUGUUCAGCGUUGAUUAUGUGAAUGGAGGAGAUGGAAUCGUGCAUCAAGAAGGCUCAUUAAGCAGAAUCAGAAUGUCUUAA